AUGGCGGAGGGAGAAGAGGUGGUGCCGGCGAAGCACGCGCUGGAGCUGCUUCCGGCGGAGGUGUGGUGGCACGUGUUGCAGCAGCUGGAGCCCGGACCGCUGGCGGACGUCGUGCGGCUCGCCCUGGUGUGCCGCACCUUCUGCGCCCUCGCCCUGGGCAGCGGGACUGCGCUCGAGGCGAACCCCGUGGCCGUGGCCAGCACUGCACCGCCGCCCUUUGCGCCCCUGCGCGCUGCCGCCAUCGCCCACCAAUGGCGCCUCCUGUCUCGCCAGCGCUGGCAGCCUGUGCGCAACGUUGGCCCCUUGGGUCCAUCGCCCCUCAUCCAAAUCAGCACCGGCACCAUCGGCGAGGCGCUGCUGGCGUCGUACGUGGAGCAGGUGGCGUUCGAGCACGACCUGCUGGUUCCCUCGGCGGGACCCGGUGGCCUGACGCUCAACGACAAGAUACCGCCUCGCGCGCUCUACGGUCUUGGCUCGCACUUCAGGGAGUCUGAUCCCGGCCGGUCCGAUCAGUCGGUGGUGGCCCGCGCGGUCUUCGCCAAUCUGGAGUACCCGGGCAUGCAGACCUCGAAGCAUCCCUCCAGCGUUCUGUUCGACCGAUCAAACUGCUUCCACACGACCGACCAUAUAGUACCCGGCUACUGGUCACAAGGCCACUACUUGGAGGGCGCCGAGUCCCUCGACGAUGUGCUCGACCUGGUCAGGCGAGAGGCCGAGCGCGCCGACACGCUCCAAGCCUUCCAGCUCUUCCACGACGUUGCGGGUGCCUGUGGCGGCGGAUUCACGACCUUGCUCCUGUCUCGCCUGCGGGAGGAAUACCCCGACACUAUAAUGUCGACGCUGUCCGUGAUCCCCGCUCCCCCAGAUAUGCCGCUCGUCCUUGAUCUCUAUAACAUCGUCCUCACUCUGAACCAGCUGAUCGAAUACGCGGAUCUGUGCUUCUACGUCAGCGAAAAGCGCGCCCGCGGCCUCUGCGGGCCUUCGACCAAGCCAAUCGACCUCAUCGCCCGCGCUUUCGCCGGCGUCACGCACCCCCUGCGAUUCCCCGCGCGCCAGGGCAACUACGC